AUGUCUUUUCUGAGUCCUGUCUUCACGUUGGUGAUUUUCAAACUGAUGCAGCGAUGCAUGACUCCAGAACUCAUUGGAAGCACAACAUUCUUGUUCUUCAUAGCUCGGUGCUUCAUCAAAGCCUUCGCCGUAAACGAUUUUAUGAUUUACGUCUCUGGAGUUAUUGGUUCUCCUGGUCUGUUAUCUUUUGCCAUGAUCCGUACUAUUGUGUCCCACCUGACUGAUCCAUCAGAACAAGGUUCUGUUUUUGCUGGUCUGGGCACAGUGGAAGCUUUAUGUGGUAUGACCAGUUCAGUCAUGUUGAACACAAUCUAUGCUCAUACGCUUUUGUGGAUGAAGGGAUUUGUAUUCAUUGUGGUUGCCAUUAGUUGUCUUAUCCCAGCUUCACUUCUCUUAACACUUCAUUUUGUGAACAAGAAAGAAAAGAAGACAAAUAUCGAAAUCUCUCUUGAUACAAAUACUACUACAGAUUCAUCCAAUAUCAAUACUGAGGAACAAGCAACAGUAACACCAGCAGUGAAUGAAGCUUAUGACCCGGAUGUAAAGCUAAGUAUUUUUUUAUGGGUCCUAAUCAUCACAUCUGGCUCAUGA